AUGCUGUCGGGCAAGGUGUUGGGUAGGUUGCAGAUCUUGGUGAAUGCAGGUGCGGACGCCAAUGCCAAGGACCUCCGCCGUUGGAAGGCGGCGGGUCUCUAUCGAGUCGAAGAAUCGCUUUUUCGCUUCAUCCACAAAACGUUGGCUGUUCUGCCCUUCCCCGUCGACAAACCGUUUGAUGUUGAGAAGUACGGCAGGACACCGCUUCACGGGGCUGCCUCUAACGGCCACGAGAAGACUAUCCAGGUUCUGCUGGAUGCAGGCGCAGAUGUGUUGGGUAGGUUGCAGAUCUUGGUGAAUGCAGGUGCGGACGCCAAUGCCAAGGAGAAGUACGGCAGGACACCGCUUCACGGGGCUGCCUCUAACGGCCACGAGAAGACUAUCCAGGUUCUGCUGGAUGCAGGUGCGGAUGUCAACGCGAAGGAAUUCAACUGGUCUCUCCGUCGCUAUGGAUGCAAGGUAAGCUGGGCGACAGGAUUCCUCGCUUAUCACAAAGUGGCGGAACUGCCAGAUACUGCCAACACCGCACGCGCCUGCGCCCUGCGUUCCAUGAGCUUUGGGGAAAAGCUGUCCAUGGCGGUCUGGGAGCCGCUGACCUACGCAGUCCCGGCAGCCACGCUGGCCGUGGCUUUCGUGGCUGUGGCUGUCGAGGCCUUCGCCAAGUCGGCCCAACGUGGCCAACACGUGCCUUUGCCAACGGAUGAAGACGGUGAGCCCUCAAACUUUCUCAGAAGUGCGAGGAUCCAGGUUGCGAAGGCACGGACAAAGUGCAAGGGCCUCAAGCUCGCCUUCAGAGCCCUGGAAGUUAUGGUGAAUGGCAGCCUGUUGGGCGGAAUGGCCAUGAUCAUUGUUUGGUGGCCUGUUUGGCUUGCCGUACUUGCUGUAGCUUUUGUCUUUCCAGCAGCUUGCCAGUACGGCUUGCUGCAGGUGGUCCAAGUGCCAGCACUGGCAAUUGCAUCGCCUCAGAACCGGAGCUGGCUAAGCAUGCUGCGCUCGUUCGUGCUCGUUGGACUCGUAGUUCCCGAAUGUUUUUGUCUGGCUUGGAGAGCGAAGCACCAAGAAUCUGAUUUGAAUUGGAUUUGUAGGCCGAUAAACCCUUUGGUGUCCGAUAUAGGCACCACCAUGCAGGUUUGGUAUUCAAGGACGCUCUCCGAUGACAUAGAAGCACUGCCCCUGUGGCCCAAGGAAUACACCGCCCAGGCUGAAAGCCUGCCGCGGGUGUCAGCACUGGAGAUAUCCUCGUACUUUCUCUUGUUGCAGGUGUUUUGUUUGCUUGUAUACAUCAUGGCAUUGUUGGUGCAAGGUGUGCGAGGGGCUUGUUGCCAUACGGCAACAGCCACAGAACAUGGAAAUGAGCCGGGGCCGACACUUGCCCGGCAGCUCGCAAGCGACGGCUUGCAAGCAGUGCAGCACAAGCUGCCCACACUGACCAAAGUGCAGUGGGAGCAGAAGCACUGCUUCGACAUGGAUGCACUGAAAAUUAAGAUGUUUUUCAUGGCGCUCGACGUUCUCCUGGACAUCAACACGAUAUUCAGCCUGCUGGUGUCGAGGAACUACAAGUUCGCGGCGUGCCUUACCUUCGUCGUCACGAGAAGUACGACAAAGCAACUGGGAAAUCUGGGAAGCUUCAAGAAGGCCCUGGAUGAAAGUGUUCACCGUGGACUUCUUGACCGGGUAGUGCUCGAGGUCUUUGACGAGGAGAAGGGCGCCGAAGCCUUCUUCAGCCUGAUGAUAACAUCGUACAGCUACGUAUUUUGUGUGCAGACUGCAACGCAAGCAGUUGUACAGUGCUUCAGCGUGCUCCUGAGCGUUUAUGGAUUGGCAGCGUUUCUAGUGGAACGUCUAGACUUAGACUACGAGCCAGAAGAGCAACCGCGGGCUGAUCCUAAACCUGCAACGAAGGAGCUGCACGCCGAUUCCGAAGUUCCAGUCCUGUUGAAGUCCCAAAGUCUCACAAAACAGGCCGGGCAAGGCAUGACGGUGUGA